AUGCUCUACUCAAAUUUGUACACCUCGGUGGCGAGUCGACGCUGGGGACUGAAUAGGUUUGGACUGGUUGAGGGGUGGGCGAAGUCAUGAGAGUAGGAUGGUGGUGAGUGGAACGGAAGGCUGAUGUGCUGACCGACCGCCACCAUUAUAACUCCCGUCUACCCCCUUUGUUCGUCUUCCGAGCCCUUCCCUAUCUCAGGCCUCGAGCUUUGUCCUACUAGCUGCCUCCCCCCCAAGACUGCAUUUUAUAGACAUUUUAGGAGAUUAAAUAUUUAUUUUGGACUCAAAAUUCCGCUAAUUAUCUUUAAAAUAGUAACAUACUAUUCAGUAGUGUCCUCAGACCCAGGUUUGGGUUAUUGAAAUAUGAACUUCACAAAACCAUUUGUUUAUCCUCGUUGCCUACUUUGCCGACAGGACAAAAAUUGCCUGGACUGUGCUCGGGCAUGAUGCGCUUUGCUUUGUGCUGUUUACUGUUGGCCUUCGUCACUACCUGUAGUGCAGAUAAGAAGACAAGGUAUCCUCCCUUAACAGCCUCAUCUUUAGGAUUCCGCUUUACCAUGUCCAUCACGGCGAACGAACACUUCGUGAUGUCCAGACAUCCGUGAAAGUGGUAAGCCAAAGAUGGCUCGGCGUUUUCAACCAACCGCAAAUUCACCCAGAGCCCCUGGAGAAUUAUUUAGAUGUAAGUUUUUGCAAUCCCUCUUAAACUUGUUGAACUCAGUCCUAUGGACCUUUUAUUUGAUAAUACUUUGUGCACAUGGGGUUUGACUGUUUUCGUUCAAAUGUUAUUUACAUUGUGUCACACAUGAGCGCAUGAGCUACAGAGUUCUGGUAUUUUAAUUUUAAUUUCGAUUUUUGGAGAAUGUAUCCCUGUUUACGUCUGGCGUUUCAUGUGCUGUCGAAAAUGCCAGGCAUAAAUGAGCUAUAUAAUUCAACUCUGAUAUAUAUACUAGAGACGGAGAUUAGAACGUCGUGACCAACUUGGAAUCCUCCUACUAUUUCACCGAAAGCAUUUGUUUGCGUUUAAAAAAUAAUCUAAAGACAACUAGGCCGUCCGUCCCCCAGGCAAGUAUUUUGUUAGAUGGGGAUGUACGAAACUUUUCUAUCGGUAGUUUCAACCGACACGCUUUGUUUAAUUCCCUGAGAAUUUUCUGAACAGGUUACUUGGUACCUGAUGUCCUCGCUAUCAUAGGUGACAGUGAGAUCCGGGGUUCGUUUAUACUGACAACAUACCUUCUGCAGAUUUCUCAGGGCCGCGGCCGACACAUACAGCGUGCACCCUUACCUAUCACCGUAAGGAUAGCUUGUGAUGCGACUUGUACACACUUUGAAAAUGUGCCACUUGGCCGCAAAUAGUGUGUUUUUAAUGAAAACACUAUGUGCGCCUAUUUAGCCUUGUUGGCUGUCCUGAAACUCGUCGACGCUCAUUUUAUGAACAGACAUAGACCACUUUCAAUGACCCGCAAGCAUGAGUUUUCAGGUUAUACGCUGAUUAGCUAUCGCCCGUAAUAUUUUAGUUCACAGCCUCUCGAGCUGCUUUGUCCUAUGUUCUGAGAUAGAUGACCAAAUCCUCCGAAAUCAUUUUUCAACCAGACUUUAAUUUUUGGGAAUCAAAGCUGCCCAGUACGUCCAUGCCCUCUUGUCACAGCGUUUUGACGGUCGCAAAGUCUGUAACCGGUGAUCCCCAACGGCAGCGCUGUUUCGUGUUUGGGUGUCAAAGGUUAGCCUCUUGUCGGCACUACGUGACGGUUAUUGUUGUCAUCGCCAAUGGACGCAAACGACGAUUGUGGAAGUUACACAUUCGGUGCACGGUCAGUCAGUAAAAACUAUAGUCCUGUCCUCGGGCGCCAUUUGUCGAACUCCCACCUUCUCGCAGAUCAACCGCAUUUGAAACUCAUGUUUCGCAGUCGUCAGGUAAAGUAUUUUGUGUAGGAGUCCUCCUGUGCAGCAUAUUUAUGUCCGUUGCUUGUAUGUUUAGAUAAGUCACAGGCAUUUCUAGGUUGUUAGGUCUGUGCCAGCGACAAUUGCUCACUGAUGGGCUAAAGUAGGUAUCACAGUCAAGUACGCCCACUUGACUGUAAACGAAAAUUCACUCCAGCCUGUCGGUGAUCUGAAUAGAACUCCGUAAAACAGACGAGUGUUUCUGCUGCAGGUCUGUGAAGUCUACUUCCAAUGCAGGGCGAUUCGACCACUGACAUUUAUAAGGGUUGACUUGAUUUAGACAGAUAAAUAGCCCGUCUGUGCCGCUAAGACACUUUUCCCCGACUGGAAAGCGGGACAAGUGGCGGUUUUGGCGUUCUUUCGGCACGUUUACCUUAAACCACCUUACUUUAUGGCGCGUUGGUUGCUAGUAUUAACUACUAUUAACAUCUACUCAGACUAGAACCUCGCUUUUGCCCGCACUGGCAUUUCACCAUGACAGUCCUUUUAUUUCUGCUUGCAGCCUACUUUUAAGAUCGGCCUAGAUGAGUGAUUUAUCCUGAUAACGUCUGCAGCAAACCCAGUCCUCUCUCAUUUAAGCUCAUUCCCAAUUUUCUCGGUCGUUUGGCCACUGUACCCUUCUGCUUUGCCCGCAACUACGACUCAUGGUGUCAGAAGAACCACGAUCCUCAUGCCGUAAAUAUUUGUUAGGAUCAGUGGCUUAGUUGAUGUAACAUGAUAAGAGAAGUACGCCCGCCAAAACCCAGCUGCUUAUCUUUUUCAAAAUCACAGUGUUUACUGAGAGGCAGAUUCGAAAGCUGAUCCCUAAAUUUCCGCCGGUUGUCUUACUUCGGAACUAUCACAACCACGCUAGGUGUUCUAACUUGGAAAGCUGCGAAUCAUGCCAAGUAUCUUGUAUUGUCGGUCGCGAUCAUUGCUAAUUUACCAGUAGAGCAUGCAUUAUGAUUUAUUUCACUAGAAUUCCGCCUCCUUUGCUACAGAACUUCGACGAAGUUCCAUUAUGACUAAGGAAAGUUUUUCUAAUCCUCGCAGCCAUAAUGGAUAAUUUCGCGAGUCAUAAAACAUCAAACAACUCCAAGGUCUUGAAAAUGUCAGCCAGAAGUUAAUUCUUAUGAAAGUCCAUUGAUCUAUUCGUCGAUGGUACAUCCUCAGCCGACAGUCGCUUACUUGUAGUACCUUCUACAGAGCUCCCUUGGGACCUAUGUCUUGUGCCCACUGAUUCUUAUGGUUUACGGAGUCAAGCAGAUACUCAGUCUAUUUCCUUAGUUUGGGGUGACAUUUCGUGAUGGUAUUGUUGGUGACUCUCGUGAUUGGUCUGUUGGUCAUUCCCCAUCUUCAGAAGGAUCACUGGGUUGGCUGGCGCGUCUGUCGUGUGAACUGGCGUUUGCUGACUAUUAAUAGUUUACCCUAUGCGCUUUCUACUCGUUUAUAAACUUUAUCACUAUGCAUUUCUACAGGCACAAUACUAUGGACCCAUCGAGCUCGGCACGCCUGGUCAACCUUUCAAGGUGGUCUUCGACACUGGCUCGGCAAAUCUCUGGGUCCCGUCGCGGAAAUGUGGCUGGUUUGACAUUGCAUGUCUGGUGCACAACAAGUAUGACAGCGAAAAGUCGAUCACAUACGAAGCUAACGGCACAAAGUUCGCAAUUCGCUACGGGACCGGAAGUUUGGAGGGAUUCCUGAGUACAGACACCCUAAAUGUAAACAUUUUAAUCAAAUCUUUACCUCAUUUUAUGUAAGUUAGCAGAUGUCAAAGUGACCAAGCAGACCUUUGGAGAGGCCACUUCUCAGCCCGGUUUGGUCUUUGUUAUGGCCAAAUUUGAUGGCAUUUUGGGCAUGGGAUUCCGAAACAUUUCUGUCGGUAAUGUCGAGCCUGUUUUCGACAACAUGGUCCGACAAGGCCUGCUGGAGGAUCCAGUCUUCGCAUUUUAUUUUAACAGGUAUGAGAUUCUGUCUUCAAGCCGAUUCCGCCAGUAUAUUAUCGAAAGGUCAUUCCUAUCCGAGUCCUUCUCUCUCCCAAGUGUUGCGUUUUCUCUCAUAUAAAUUCGAAUUUUCAAAUUUUCCACAAAUACAGGAACAUUUCCGACAAAUCCGGUGGUGACUUGUUUCUGGGUGCCAUCGAUGAGCGCUAUUUCACUGGACCGAUAACCUACACCCCUGUGACUCGCGAAGGCUACUGGGAAUUCCGCGUUGACAAGUUAGUCUAAAUUUUCCCUUUCCAUGCCUUACUUUUCUCCGAAAAUAUUGAAAUCAGUUAGUCUUUUUCAUUAGCUCGUUAAUUGGUCUGCUUGGAUUUUGGAAGGGCCUUCAGUUUAGCUGCAAAAUAAACAGGCUGUCGGCUCUGACGACUAAUCGGUUGCGAAUUACCUGGUGUAGUGCUAACAAGACCCGGAUGGACUAGUUUUGCCAUUGCCAUUGCCAUGGAGUCCGUGGGAGGCACUUUGACAUGACGAGUAUAAAUUAAACCAGUCAUUAAAUCAUUAAAUAGAUUCUUCCUGCUUCCGGUGUCUUCCGGAUUGGGCCUCCAUCUAAAGAACAAGGUAAUUACUAGGGGGGUUGGAUUUGCUCCCGUCCCCCAAGUUCGUCCUCUCAGUCGCAUUUUCCACAAGUGACAGUACGAUCGCUGACUAUCAGAACUACUAACUGCGCCCCCCUUGCUCGCUGACUAAAACUAUUCGAUUAUAGUCUGUGGUGACUGGACUGUGAGGUCGUCCAGGCAGUUCGUUCAUUCGAAUCCGGAUCUGGAUGGCAACGAUGUCCAGGUGAUCAAUUGAAGGCGCAGAUAGACUUAACAAGAGCUCCCUUUGAGUGGAUUGCUGACUCUAUCUUCGGUUUGUAAGGCAGUGUGCAAACUGACUAGAUCGACUGAAGGACCUUAAAGCUGUUUCUCAGACAGUCCCAACUUAGUCCCGCAGGGAGGAUUCUAUCCGUUGACUCUGGAAAGCGACGGUUAUGUGAACAAAGGAUGGCCAAAAGAUUGUUGGGCCGAAGUGACGACCUUUUUAAAGCAGACAUCAAACGUCAGUAACACUCGAAAACUGUACCAAAAUAUUUGACAAGUUAGUGAGUGAGUGCGCGCGCUGAGUGAGCCUGUUCUCCAUGCAAGUGACGGCUUUAUUUCUGACAGCCUGACUAAGGCCUAACGCUGGCGUGGGAACUGCAAGCACCUCAACUUCAAUAACUAACCCAUCGCCUCCUUCGUUCCCCUGUUCAGCAGUCUCAAAUCUCUCCUAAAUCUGCGCUAUUUAGUAUGACCGCCCUUCUCGACACAUUUGAUAAAGGACCACCGCUCAAAGGUUGGCGACGAUCGAAAACCUCAUCAAAUUAGCAACCAAGUUUGUGGUAUACCUCUGCAUGCAAUGACUAUUUUCGUGGCGAAUGACGUCUCUAUUGCCGACAAAGCGUUGGCACGAGCACCUCGCCAUCUUUCGGGCUUCGAUGACAGAUCCAAUUGCCCUUAUCCUUCCGUCAACGCAGUGUCGCGCGUUUCUCCUGCAAUCCUGCGGCUACUCAACAUAAAGGCGUCUAUAGAGGUCGAUAUCUCCGUCGAAUUUUGCAAGUAUGAAGCCGGCACUCUCAUGCCCUGGCCGCGUGAGGUAAAUGGGUAGGCGUCAGAUGGGCACAUUCCUGACGGAGAGGAUUCGGACAUCCUUGUGCCUGUAUUCAAGACAACAUUCUGGAACUGCUGUAGCACAAGUUUAAUUAACGUUGCAUCAAAAACCCUUGUCGUUGUCACUCUCAGGCGAUUUCGGAAUGUGUAUGCCUCGAGAGCGAAACGCAGUCAGGCCGGAUUCCGAGCAAAUAUCAUCAUCACAAUCGGAGUCUACUUUCGUUCCACCACAGUGCGAGUCCUGGUCCAUGACAAUCUUUCCCAGCCGUUCGAUGUUCGGUUUAAUGUUCAACAGAGUUUCAUUCCGUCCGCACCCAUUUUAACCACGUUGUUGACCGGAUUGUCGGAAGGGUGAAUGAGGUCACUCAAUUCGUCGGUUUAUACAUAAAAGCUGGAGAGAACGAUGUGUUUUCAGACUGUACCCCUGACCAGGAGAAGGCACUCCUUGGUACUUGUGAUUGUCGUCCUAAAGAAGUGGCAGUUUCAAAUACUUCUUGCCCGGGCUGGUGUUAAGUAAACAGAGUAGGGGCAAAAUUGACUUCUGAGUCAGCACUGUUUGCAGGGUUAUCGCAAUCCUUGGGAGAUGUGUAUGUUCUCCCCGCGAUAUCUCCAUUACCGAAAAGACCCGCGUGUGCCAGUACCUCGUCCAGUUGUGGAGGCUGAAUGGUGUGCGUGAGGAUGAUCAAAAACGAAGGGUGCCAGCUUGAAGAUAUCGUGCAGGAAGUCGACUUAAGAUCUGACUUUAAACAGUUCGUCAAGAUAUGGAGAGAAUUGAUCGAAGCUCUAGGCCCUCUACCUCAGUCAUGGAUGUAAAGGUGCCGUUAACGACUUAAUGUGGGCAUGAAUACGGACGCGCACCAAUACAAGUGAGUACAAAGGCGGUCAUUCCAGGUUUAUUUGCUGGAUAAGGGAGCUGGUUGGGCCCCAUUGGGUGCGUUUUUGCAGGCAUAAGUUCCAGGUGGAGCCUACGAUGGGCCAUGCGGAAGAUACGCUGCACCAACAGGUGGGCCAGAUUGGAGCACAGCAUGCGUUAUCCCGGCGGCAUAUUCCAUAAAAAUAUCACACAUGAAGGAUGUGGUGGCAUAACUGGGCGCCACGCCAUCCACUUUCACCCAGUGCCCGCAUCGGCUCUGCCGGUGGACUGGUGCAUGGAAAAAGGAACAGAGGAUGAGGUUGACUCUUGGGACUCCGUCCACACGGUAUAUCAGUACAUUUAUGACUAUAAACAAUCAGACGCGCUCUGCAACUAUCACGACGCGGCAAGUAAUGUGGCUUAGAAGGUUACCAACAGAUAGGAUGCCUCGGUCUUCUCAGGACUGAGGAUCAGGCCACAAUGGCUUCUUCUUAGUGUGGCCCCUAUGGCAUCCCCACUACGAUGGGAUCCGAGCCGCUCCCUUCUUGUUUGUGUGGGAACCCGACCCACCGCGCGCGAUCCAGGUCGUGUGUGGCGCGCGUAGACGGGCUGCUUGGCUUCGUCAGCCACUGCGCCCGAUCCCACCUCUGGUCCCCUUGCCUCGUUCUUGACGCCAGACCCAGAUGAGUGAGGCAGAAAAGAGUGCGGCAGAUGCCUCCCAAGUCUACUAUCACCAUAAACUAAUUAACGUGCAAGUCACCGUGCCUGCGCCCGCCCUGCUGUGAGGCACACGAUUGGCGUCGUUUGCAACGGUCAAGCUGACAGAAGUGGGAUUUUUGAACGCCCAACCAACAGCAAUUAUUUAUACCCCUUCACUUUCAGUUUCCGCUGUUUGCUUAAAGGAGAGACCUCUGCUCACAAGGAAUAAGACCUUGUGGUUUUUUACACAGGGCGUCUUGUUAGUUACUCUCCGUUUGCCUUCCCGUCCUGCCUCGGCGCGUCAUGCUUGUCCUGACAGCCAACAACAGGUGUCCCGUUGACUAACGAUGACAGAUAAGCCUGAAACGGUCAUGCCUGUCAUCCUUGCUUUUGACUGUAAACCCUGUGCUGCUAAUUUGAAGUUCGGAGUUUUUUUAAGAGAAUAGAAUACGAUGAUGUCCCCUGCAGGAAGUAAUUAAGGGAAACAUGAAUCCGGGACAGUUAAUCUGGACUAUAAUGCAGACCGUCCCAUCUCCGUUUGCAUCAUAUCCUUGUUUAUGGCAGCAAUCAAGACAUAAUAAACUAGAAGAACCUAUGCGCCUCUCUUUAGCAGACAGUUUUCAUAGAUUUUACUAUGGUAGAGGGACGCUUAUAGACCUCGCUACGGAACUCACUCCUCCCGUUUUGCCUUGGGACUCCCUUGAGCCCCGCCAGCAGCCGCUCAUCGACGUGUAACACAGGAAGAAGAGCACUGCCGAAAAAGACAAGGGAGGCUGAAAUGGCCACUUCUGGCUGAUUAGCCGUCAUCAGCCAACCAAACCCAACCCCGAGGUGUGCAACACCUGGAGCCACGGGCCCGUUGUCCUGUCGGUUGCGAUCGGGAACAUACAACAGUAGAGGGGCGCUCACCGAUCGCUUCACGGGACUUAUGAUUCUACCCUUGACUAUUUUUGAUUACGCAUAUCUAGCAAACGGUGUCAGCCAAUUAGGGCAUGAAUUGUCUUCAUGGGAUUUUGAAAUUUCUCCUGCUAAUAGAAGCGAAGAGGCGAGUUCCAGGAAGUAGUCGCGAAGGAGGAGACACGGUCGUUGGAACAAGAGCCUUAUUAGUCUGACGUUUCGGAUUCUCACUCGAAUCCAUCACCAGAGACAGAUUCAGAUAAGGGUGGUAAAUUGCCCAGCUAUUGCAGUAUUUGCAGGAUGUAGUUGCCAGGCUGCUACUGCAACACUUGGGCAAUUUACCACCCUUAUCUGGCUCUGCGUCUGAGGAUGGUUUCGAGUGAGAAUCCAAGACGCCAGACUAAUAAAGCCCUUGUUCCAGCGAUCGUGUCUCCCUCGCGAUCAUUCUUACUGUUUAUGCAUAGCCACGCCCACUCGUCAUCAUCGCAGAAAAUCCAUUGUUGGCUGAAGAACUUGCUGAAAGACAUAAUAAAUUUGAUACAAACACACACUCUAGCCACCUGUCUUGUCCCUGUCUGUAGGAUCACUGUGACGGAAGCGGACCUUUGUAAUGGCAGCUGCAACGCCAUUGCUGACACCGGCACCUCUCUCAUUGUCGGCCCUUACGCGGGUGUAAGAAAGAUUGCAAUGGCAGCCCAUGCCAAGGCUCUGCCGGGCGGCACAUUCCUCGUCCCCUGCGAUUCCAUCCCCAAUCUGCCCAACGUGACAGUAACUUUUGAGAGCAGAGAUUUUGUCCUGACGGGUGAGGAGUAUGUCAUAAAGGUGGGUUUCUUGCCCCUGUCUUCCAUGCAGCAACCGCCUGUUCUGAGUCCCUUGAGGCUCGUAAAGUUCCUUUUUUUUCCCCAAAACUUGCCGAAAGUAAUUUGAACGUGCACCGUCCUCAGAGAGGUUGUGUCUGACAGGUAUGAGGCUUCAGUCGUUAGGUCGCCUUUUUUUUGCUCAUACCUCUCGUUACAAAAUCGUCCAAAAAACCCCUUAAGGUAUAAGCGGUGGCCUGUUGAGGGCGUAACACAAGAUCGUCACUGGAGAGGAAACAAUUUCCUGUGUUUUGGGGGUUCUUCCUCAACUUGCGAGUUCCGUCCAGCCGGACUCGUUUGCUGUAGGUCACUCGGUUGAGGUAGAGGGGCGCGCAUCGAUCGGGUUACGGAACUCACUCGUCCCGUUGUUUAGGGUACAUUAUACUUAAUAGUGGUAUAGCAUUACCGACAAAGAUAAGCUAAACUUGAGCGGUCACUGCUGGCUUGUUAGCCAUCAUCAGCCGGUCAUACCAAACUCCGAGGCCUGCAACCUCCGAGGCUCGAACUCACAGCCUUUUGGUUAGACGUCCAACAGGUCCGUUGUCCUGUCGGUUGUGAUCGGGUAUAUUAACAAUGGUACUCUGCCUAUGUACCUGUCUGUCUACCUGGUGAUGACUACGUCUGACUUCUGCCUUUCUGAUGCUAUCUUUUGUCUGGUAGGACUGCUCACGCGCCAAUCGGCUGCAGCGGAUCUGGGUGAGCUCGAUUCAUCCCUUUUCCAUCUGCUGACGUACAAUGACGGGUGUCUAAGGGAGACUGGAAUGGCCAUUUCUGACCUGUUAACCGUCAUCAGCCAGUGGUAAUCAACCCCCAGGUAGCAACCUCGGAAACUCGAACUCUCGACCUUUUGGUUAGAAAUCCAACGUUAUAACCAUUGGGCAAUGGGCUCGUUGUCCUGUUGGCUGUGAUCAGGUAUAUUAACAAUGUUGACAGUUCGACCAUCGUUUUCGAUGAUGUCCACCGUGUGUCCCACAGUUGCAGCAGCAAUAAGAGCAGGGACGGUGACUUACGCAGGGGUUUAUAGUGCCGGUAGACUUGCGUAGCAUCUACCUACACUCUCUCCUCCUCCCUCGCCCGAGCCCGGUGUCAAGACAGAGUCAAGAAGACCGGAGACGAGAGAGGCUGCAGGUGGAUGGCUCGAACGGAUCCUCACCUUGGCGUUCCACCACACCAUUAACAAUGGUAGAGAGGCGCACACAGAUCGCCUUGCGGACUUUGGACACUGGAGGGAAAAUAAUUACCUGUUUUUUUAGGGGUUUUUCGUCAACGAAGCUUGCUACACGGCUUGCGAGUUCUGUCCAGCCGGACUCGUUUGGUGUAGCUCAUUUGGUUGAUGGACCAUGUACGUGUCUUAACAAUGGUAGAGGAGCGCGCACCGAUCGGAUUACGGAACUCACUCGUCCCGUUGUUUAGGGUACAUUAUGCAUAAUAGUGGUAUAGCAUUACCGACAAGGAUAAGCGAAACACGAGCGAUCGCUGCUGGCUCGUUAGCCAUCAUCAGCCGACCAUACCCAACCCUCGAGGCUCUAACUCACGGCCUGUUGGUUAGAAGUCCAACAGAUCUGUUGUCACGUCGGUUGCGAUCGGACAUAUUGAUAAUGAUAGCCUGCCUAUGUUCGUGUCUGUUCACGAGAUGAUGGCUGCGUCUGGCCUUUCUGAUUCCAUCUUGUGUGUGGCAGGACUGUGCACGCGGCAAUCGGCUGCAGCGGAUCUGGGUGAGCUUGAUUCAUCCAGUGACGGGGGUCUAAGGGCCACCUCGACACAACGAAGGAACUGGUCAGCACAGGUACUAGCUAGAAGCCCAGACAUUUAUCACGCCAACAGGAAUAUUUGAGCCGAAACCCAUCAGCUUCAGCGAGAUAACCACGUAGUAUUCAUAACCUGACUACAGCCAACCAGCAGUAUGCACAUGUUUGAUUUGUCAUACUGAGACCACAGGUAUUCCCUUAAGGCCCAGUUUUCAAGCAGCAGUGAUAAACAAUCUCCACACCGGCAGAAGCGACUCGUCGAUAGCCACCGAUACUGCAAGGUUAUCUAAAAAAUCGUUUCCAUCCGAAAGAUGGAAAAAAUGGACGAUAUAAGCUCGUGGCGCGGUCAUUUCGCUGCUCCUGGACUGAUCCUUACUAGUUUUUGUCAUCUGAUGCUCACUCGCUCUUUCCCCGAGCGUCCUCUUCAUAUUCCUUUUCGGAAAAGUAGAGCAGAUUGUCUCUUUUUUUCAGAUAAAUCAGUUUGGCCACGACAUCUGCCUCCUCGGCUUCAUGGGUUUGGACAUCCCGGGUCACGAGCUCUGGAUUCUGGGUGAUAUAUUCCUUGGCAAGUACUACACCAUCUUUGACUACGGAAACAAGAGGUUGGGCUUUGCCGUGGCUGUCAAAACCCCGCCGGAGGAGGAGCAUUGGACGACUGCCAGUCCGUCAGCAAAGCACAUCCCGCUUCAACGCGAUGCCAACCUGCGUACCGUUCUGCCGCUCAUUCCGCUGUUCCCCGCACAGUGUGACGACUGUCCCCGCCCGAAUGCGGUCUAA